AUGUCAGUUCAUGAAGGUGUUAGUUGUGAUGCUUGUGGUAAAAGUAAUUUUCGUUCAAAGCGUUUCAAAUGUCUAAUUUGUUAUGAUUAUGAUUUGUGUGCUACAUGUUAUGAACAAGGUGAAAUAUCUAGUCAUCAUACAAGAGAACAUCCUAUGCAAUGUAUUUUAACACAUCAAGAUUUUGAUUUAUAUUAUCAUGGAGAACGAUAUACAUAUGAUUCUCCUCAAUCAUUAACAUGUCCAUUUUGUGGUGAUAUGGGUUUAUCAUUUCCAUGUCUUAAUGAAUCAUCUUCAUCAAAUAAUAUACAAAAUAUUGAUUUAUUUCAACAUCUUCAAAUAAAACAUAGUGAUAAUCAACAAUCAUAUGAAGUUAUUUGUCCAAUAUGUGCUUCUAUGAUUAAUGGUGAAUCAAAUUUAGUUACUACAGAUCUUAUUUCACAUAUAGCUAAUGAUCAUCAAGAUCAACAAGUAAAUACAGUAUCAUCACCUGGUGGAGAAAUAAAUACUUAUACAAGACAAACAUUACCACCUAGAGAUUAUGAUUUUGGUAUUAAUUCUGGAAUUCGUGGUGGUUUUCGACGUGGAUUAUUAAGAACAACUAUUCGAAGAGGUGCAUCAGAAAGAGGAAGUGGACCUAUAAGUCAACAUUUUGUAAUUGAUAGAUCAUCAGGAUUACCUACAGUUGUUAGUGGAAAUGAUCCAAUUAGUAAUUUAUUAACACAAUUAUCAACUGUACGACGAUUAGCAGCAGCUAAUAAUAAUAAUAAUGUAACUAAUACUAAUAGUUCAUUAACAUCUUCACCAAAUACAAUUAAUCUUCAAACAUUUGCUCGUCAACAAUAUGAACGUGAACGUCUUCGUGCAGCUGGACGUUCUCAUCAUUAUCAUCAAUUAAAUCAUUCUCAGCAAUCAAUACCUACAUCUGUUGAAAGUGAUUUUCUUGAUUCAUUUCUUUCAUCAGUUCUUUUAACUGAUCCAUCCAUUUCACCUACUAAUAAUCCUCAAACUUGGGCACGUAUUGUUACUCAACAACAGUCUACACCUGAACAACAAACCUCUUCCAAAACGAAAACUCCUACAACAACAACAACAACAACAACAACAACAACAAAAACAAAUACAGAAUCUGAUCGUUCAUUAUUACGGCGAAUGUGUGAUGAAUCUACUUCUUCCUCUUUAGCUCAACCAAAUUCAACAAUAUUACAGUCAUCAAAACAAAAAAAUGAUUUUGUGCAGAGUCUAUUUCUUUCUAGUUUUUCUUAUCAAAUUAAUGAUAAGUGA